CAUCAAGUGAGCACAGGGGACGCAAAACUCGACGUCUCUCUUCACUCUGACCCCAAAUAGAAUAUAUUCCAAAUUGAGAGAGGAGGUUUCGUCAACAAGUGAUCCUUGCAGAGUGUUUUGUUCAAUUUAACAUCAUGACCUGCAAUGUGUCUGAAACGGAUUCGUGCGGAGAAGGAGGUAUUUGCGUUAGCUCUGUGGUAAAUGUCAGUUCUUGUUACUGUAGCGAGGGCUAUGUUUUCAACGAUGGCGGUCUUUGCGAAGUACCAAGAAUUCCCAUGGCCUAUUCUGCAGUGGCUUCUUUUUGCUGGCUGUGUUUUCUGCUCGUUUUGGGAAAGUUCCUUCGUCUCUACGUAUGGUUCUUUCAACAGCUUUACCUCCCUGCCUCAGUCAUCGGUGGCAUCAUCGGGCUGGUUGUGCUCCAAGUAGCUCGUCUCGAUCAAAGCGUCUCACAAUUCAUGGCACUGAAUUUUACCAGGGGAUGGUAUAAUCUGGCAGGAUUUCUAAUAAACAUUGUUUUCUCCUCCUUGUUCCUUGGCACCCAAAUCCCUAAUGUGAAGGUGAUAUGGACACAGGCUGGGCCUCAGCUCAUGUACGGCAUGAUUAUUGCUUGGGGACAGUGGAUUGUGGCACUUGUUGUUACAGGUGCUCUACUGAUGCCUGUUUUUGGUGUCAGUCCAUUAUUUGCGACCAUUCUACCAGUGGGGUUUGCAGGAGGUCAUGGGACUGCAGGAGGACUCACACCCACAUACAAGACACUGGGGUUCCCCAAUGGUGGAGAUUUUGGUUUAGCCAGUGCUACCUUAGGACUUGUUUUCUCUGUUAUCUGUGGUGUUAUGUGGGUUAACAUUGCUACUCACAGAGGAUGGGUCAAGCAGGAAAGAAUUGAUGCUUCUAAGGAAGUCAAAAUAUCUAUCAGGGGGGUGUAUGCUGUAGAGAGCCGUCCCUCAGCUGGAGUGCAAACUGUGCGAGCAAGCUCCAUAGAUGUGUUGGCAUUCCAUCUUGCAGUGCUUGGAAUAGCCAUGUUGAUUGGGUAUGGCCUGAAGCAGGUGUUGAUUGUUAUUGAAAGUACAUCACAGAAGCUCAAGGAUCUUAACUUUCUCUCUGGUAUUCCUCUGUUCCCAUUGUGUAUGGCUGGGGGAAUAAUUAUCCAGCUUGUUAUUGAGAAAAUCCAGAGGAUAAAUGAAUUGAUUGAUGCAUCUCUCAUGGAACGCAUAGCCUCAUCUUCACUGGAUUUCCUUGUUACCUCAGCUAUUGCUACAGUUGAUGUCUCAGCUGUUGCUGUCGACAUUGCCCCCUUAUUGAUCCUGUGCACUUGUGGCUUCAUCUGGAACUUUGUUAUGCUGGGUUGUGUUUCAAGGUUUCUGUUACCCAACCACUGGUUUGAAAGAGCAAUUGCAGACUUUGGAAUGAAUACUGGUGUGAUUGCAACAGGGCUAAUUCUAUUACGAAUGGUGGAUCCAGAGUGUCGCACUCCAGUUCCUGCUGAUUUUGCCUUCAAACAGCUUCUUCACUCUCCAUUCAUGGGUGGUGGCAUCUGGACUUGCUUGGCACUUCCCUUGCUGAGUGUUCUGAAUAUCUGGGUGGUUACAGUCAUUGCAGCAGCUGUGUUCAGCUUAUGGCUUUUAAGCUUCUUUUUCUACUUUCGCAAGCACUACACUGAAACAUGUGGCUGUGGUCUGUGUGCUGAGGAGAAGCCCACGUCUUUUUCAAAUCAAGUUGGUUAUGGUGGUCUACAGGAAGGGAGCAGUCAGGAAAUGAAUGGCGUAUGUGUUGAAGAUGAAAAUGGCGAUAAAUAAUCAAUCAAAAAUGUGAAAAAAGAAGCAAAUAUUGAGCAGAUGCCAGCCCAACUAAACCAGUUUGAUUUCUCUUAUUUUCUGUAAAACAAAGUUGUUUUAGAUGUGAACACCACAAACAAACGUUUCCCUGUAAUGUAAGUGCAUGUCUUCUUUUGAUGUUGUUGUUUAAAAAGAAAAUAACAGAUGGGGCUGUGAAUAUUAACAUGACAUAAAAUUGAGUGGCAUUGGUAUGUUAUUUAUCUGGAGUUUUUAUAAUGUAAAGGUUGAAUGCUUUUUAGCUAAUUAACCCUUUCACACUUUCAAGAGUGGUUUUAAGC